AUGGCAUACUGGGGCCAGGGCCAGAAGGUGCAGAAGGUGAUGAUGCAGCCAAUCAAUCUCAUCUUCAGAUACUUGCAAAAUAGAUCUCGGAUUCAGGUGUGCCUUUAUGAGCAAGUGAAUAUCUGGAUAGAGGGCUGUAUCAUUGGUUUUGAUGAGUAUAUGAACCUCAUAUUAGAUGAUGCAGAAGAGAUUCAUUCUAAAACAAAGUCAAGAAAACAACUGGGUCGGAUCAUGCUAAAAGGAGAUAACAUUACUCUGCUCCAAAGUGUCUCCAUCUAGAAAUGAUCAAUGAAGUAAGAAAUUGUUGA